UGAAGCAGAACAGCCUCAGUUUUCAAAUGUUCCUCAAUCAAAACAAGAUCCUGAAUCAAAACGAGGAUCAGAGCCUUUGGAAGCAGCAAUGUUGCAGCUAUUACCUGUGGAACAACUUUCUUCUGCCUCUGCAGACCAAUAUGUGCUUCCCAUACUUGGGGAAACCCCCUCUGGAGAACCCCCUGAUCCAAAAAAAUGUUCUCCUCGAGAAUACUUGGAGUUUUACAUAUUCCCAGUGCUCUUACCUGGCCUGGCUGCACUUCUGCAUGAAGCAGAGAAGGAGAAGUGUUUUGAGGGAAAAAGAACCAAAUUUAUUCCCUCUGAUUUCCUAACUGAGUGGUUAUACAACAAGAAUCCAAAGAGGAAAGAUGAGUCAUUCACAGAAUUGUUUUCCAUUCCUUUUGUUAAGGACUGGCUAAAGGAUCGUCCUAGACCACCAAUUCCUCUAUCUCUGCUUCUAUCAGAAGAAGAAGCAAGCAUUCUAAUUCAGUCCUUCUGGAGAGGUUAUCGGGUUCGUUGUGAUAGUGAAAUACAAGAACUACGUCAGUGGCAAAAGAAGCUGAGAGAGGAGAGGCACAUUACUGAGGUAGUGAAAAAAUUCUGGACUAAACAGGAAGCCAAAGUGGGAAGCAAAUCAGAAGAGAUGGACUAACAUAGACAAAAUCCUUCAACAUCUCAAUUUUAGUUUCCUCACUAAAAUUCCAAAACACAGAGCUGGUGGACUUUGUGAUACUGAUUUAGAAAUGCUCUUAGCAUUAAAGCUUUACAUGUGAGGUAUUGUAAAUCAAAGGCAGGUUAUGUAAGGACCCAGCAUGCCAAAACAAGAAGUCAGUCUUAGACUAAGUGAGCACAAUUCUGUUAAAACAGAUGGAAUAGUGCAUAUCUAGCCAAAAAUGUUGAAUCUGUGUUUAUCUUGUGCUCCUGAAUGCUCAAUUAAAAUCUUUUCUGAGAGGAACAAACUCUGGAUGAAAUGAAAUGGGGUUCUACCCACAUGUAGGCAAGUGUUGUAUCUUCAUUUAUUAUCAACUGGACUCCUCUGACUCCUGCAGAGCUGUGACAAUUUACACAAAUCCAGGCUCUGUUCAGAACACUCUAAUUUGCAGAAAUGCUGUGCCCCUGCAAUUCCAAGGGAAGGCAAGGAGAGCUGGGGUUACUCUGCAUUUCUGCAGGGGAGAAAAGUCAAAGGCCCUUUUGUUACCACUUAGCACAUGUGCUGAGAAAGUGUAGAAUUAAGAUCCCAGUGUCAGCAUUUUCAGCAAUCUUAUGCAGGCUAC